AUGCAACUCCCAGCUGGGCAUGCGCACCAGGGCCAGGGCGGUCCGUCGUGGGCGCGCCAGCACGACCACCUCCGCGGCGUCACCUGCGUCCUCGACCGUGUCGGCUUCUACGGGCGCCGCGGCGCGACGACGGAGCCGUCUGCGUACGGCUCCGUGCUGCACAACGUGGUCACGGGCGCGGAGCUCUACGACGAGAUCGAUCACCUGGAAAAGCCGACGUCCUUCUGCUGCUUGGCUGGCGGAUUCUCGUUGCUGGCGGAGCUGGCGGCUGAGGUCGCGGCGACGCUGAAGGGUGCGGUAGAGGCAGUGGCGGCUGAAACAGAGUUCGACGAGGAGCAUAUGGAGAGGCAAAGAACGCGAUGCAAGGCGUUGCUGGAGGGCAAGUUGGCAGAUAUCGUUCUGCAUGCCGAGGCCGAGAGCGCGACUUGA